AUGGCUAGACUUCCAGAUGUAAAAGAAAGUCGUCAGGUGGUAUUCAAUAUUUCCCAAAACUUCAAGGUUAUAAAGAUACUUGGUGAAGGUGCAUAUGGAAUUGUUGCAUUGGCAGUUCAUAUUCCUACAGGAACAAAAGUUGCCAUCAAGAAAAUCGAACCCUUUGAAAGACCAUUGUUCUGUCUUCGUACUUUAAGAGAGAUAAAACUAUUAAACAAAUUCAAAUGUCAUGAAAAUAUAAUUAGAUUGUAUGAUGUUCAAAAACCAUUAGAUUACGCUCAUUUUAAUGAAGUUUAUCUUAUCCAAGAAUACAUGCCACUGGAUUUACACAAUAUAAUUUACACUCAUGUUUUAAGUGAUCAACAUGUCCAAUAUUUCAUUUAUCAAAUCUUAAAAGGUUUAAAAUUGAUGCAUAGCGCCAAAGUCAUUCAUCGUGAUUUAAAGCCAUCAAAUAUCCUUGUCAAUGAACAAUGUGAUUUGAAAAUUUGCGAUUUUGGAUUAGCUAGAUUAGAUGCUAAACAUUAUAAUUUAGAAACAAACCCCAAAAUCUCCAUGUUGACUGAGUAUGUUGCCACUAGAUGGUAUAGAGCUCCAGAAAUCAUGUUGAGUGCAUCUAAUUAUUCUACCGCGAUUGAUCUUUGGUCAGUUGGUUGUAUUUUAGCAGAAUUAUUAACCUAUAAAGCUUUAUUUCCAGGAACUGAUUAUAUAAAUCAAUUACGUUUAAUUUUUGAAGUUUUGGGUAGUCCAAGUGACGAAGAUUUAAAGAUUAUAAAAUCAGAAAGAGCACAAAAAUUUGUUAAAUCAUUACCAUAUAGAGUUAAGAUUGAUCUUACUGAUUUUGUUAAUAAUCAUCCCUAUAGACGAAUCAAAGUUCGUGCAAGAGAAACUGUAAAUCCAUUGGCAAUUGAUUUGUUGGAAAAAUUGUUAGUAUUUGACCCUUCAAAAAGAAUAACAGUCCAAGAAGCAUUAGAACAUCCAUAUUUAGAGGCUUAUCAUGAUCCAUCUCAUGAACCAAUCACCCUGCCAAUACCAGUGGAAGAAUUUGAGUUUGACAUGGACAAAAAACAGUUGGAUGUUGAAGAUUUGAAACAGCAAAUCUAUAAGCAAAUCAUGGCAACUAAUCAAAUUUGA